UGAAGAAAAAAAGCCGUAAAUGUGACUCGGCAGCACAGCUGCUGUCCUUCAAAGCGGGACUUAUUCCCCACAUGCUAAGUUUCUGCUUGCUUCAGUCUGCCCUCGUCUUUAAUACUGCUUUAGGGUAAAGUGAAUCAGUCAGGUGUUUUUUUUUAAACGCAGGUCGACUAUAAUGGAGUGUCGCGUGUUGUCCAUUCAGAGUCACGUUGUCAGGGGAUACGUUGGGAACAAGUCGGCAACAUUCCCGCUGCAGGUGCUGGGCUUUGAAGUGGACUCCAUCAACUCGGUGCAGUUCUCCAAUCACACAGGCUACGGCCACUGGAAGGGGCAAGUACUGACAGCAGAAGAACUGAAUGUGCUCUAUGAGGGUAUUAAGCUCAACAAUGUGAACCAUUAUGACUACAUCCUCACAGGAUACAGCAGGGACAUCUCCUUCCUGGUGACAGUGGUUGAUAUUAUUAAGGAGCUGAAGAAGGCCAAUCCCAGCUUGGUGUACGUUUGUGAUCCUGUUAUGGGAGACCAGGGUGCUAUGUAUGUUCCAGAGAACCUGCUGCCAGUCUACAAGAACAAAGUAGUGCCUUUGGCUGACAUCCUGACUCCCAACCAGUUUGAAGCAGAGCUCUUAACUGGGAGGAAAAUUAACACUGAGGAAGAUGCUAUUGAGGUGAUGGACCUGCUUCAUAAAAUGGGUCCAGAGACCGUGGUCCUCACUAGUACAGACCUUCCAUCAAAACAAGGGGACCAGUUCCUGGUGGCUCUUGGAAGCCAAAAAAUAAAGAAACCAGAUGGGACCAACACAGAUCAGAAAAUCUGCAUGGAUAUCCCCAAAGUCGAUGCUGUAUUUGUGGGAACAGGAGACCUUUUUGCUGCCCUGAUGUUAGCCUGGACUCAUCAACACCCCAAGGACCUGAAGACUGCCUGUGAGAAGACUGUUUCUGUCAUGCACCAUGUCAUUAAGAGGACCAUUACUUAUGCCAAUGAAAUGGCUGGCCCCGGGAAAAGGCCUACCCCUGCACAACUGGAGCUGAGGAUGGUUCAGAGCAAAGCAGACAUCGAGAAUCCUGCCAUUGUAGUGGAAGCCAAGGUUUUACAAAAGUCUUCACAGUGAAGACUGUAAUGUUCUCUGUGAACUUUUCACUUUAAGCUGGUAGAAAUCUGGGCAGUCCGCCAGACAAACAUAGGAUUUUCACAUCAAAGACUGUCACGUGUCUCUGCCUUACAGAAUCACUGGGGGGGGGGCGUUACUACUGUUUUUAAUUUUUUCGUGAGUGGUCAGCAGGAUUUCUGUUUGUUCUGCUCACAGACACUGAAAUAACUGCCAUAAGUGUCUGUUCUGUGGCUAGCAAAGGCAACAUCUGCCCUUGAUUCAGAACAAAAACAACACAUCAGGCAGUUUUGAACCCUUUCCAGACACGGGAUGCGAAACAUUACUGGCUUCAUCAGCCUCUCGGCUGAUUGCAUUGUGGCAUUCUGGCAUGGGUUAAUUUUAAGUUAAUGUCACUAACAAUUGAAUUCAGACAUACUCGGGACUGUGACAAACACAGCUACGCUACAAACACGAUAUUUGUGGGUCUGGUGAGAAGGCUUCACGCUGCCCCUCUUAGACAUGAAAGAGAUCUCUCUUCUGGCAUAGCAAAAAUGCAUCAUGUGGAAAUGUUUUAAUCUCAUAACAAAUUUAAAAUGGUUGAUUAAAAUGGCUGCUUUUUAUGUCAUCCUCUGGUGAGUUGAGAGACCCACUGAGAUGCACGAGAGGCAUGCACAGUUCUGGUCUAACAAACCUGUCCAUUAAUGUGACUGCAAACCUUCAUAACUAUGCCAAGUUCAAAGCGAUUUGUAAAGGUAACUGCUGCAAAGCACUCUGUAUUGUACCGAUUAGACCCUCAGAAUUAUACAGAGAAACCCAAUGACUUUCUUUGAUCAACUGGCAAUAUUGAGGAGAAAAAGUCUGUUUUAAUAGCUUUGCCCUCACCCCAAAUUUCUUCAUAUAAGUAAAAAGUGCAACAAGUGACAACAACCAAUAUUAAAAUAGGCAAAAUGCAGGAAGCUAUAGAAAUGGAAUCGAUAAUGGGAUACAGAUUUGUGUUUAGCCAUGAAGCGAUUGCAGCAGAUUAAUCGAAAGACGUGCAUGUCUGAAAGGGGCUCGUGUUUAUAUUAAAGAAUCAUUUGUGAAAAUAAUUUAUUAAGCUGAACAGAAAACGCACAAAACCAGCGUUACAUGCAUGGCCAUUCGUCUUCUUGUUUUGAGACUAGAACAUCAGUAGACUCUGUGAUAACAUUAAAACACGCUGGGUUAAUCCACUAUAAAAUUAUUUUUAACUGUUAAGAAUGCAUGCAAUGUGCUUAAAAUGCACUUCAUUUCAAGACAAGUGUUGCCACCUUAUAGAUCGAGUGGAUAAGUGCUGAAAUGUGUUUCAGUAGGUUGUAGUCUUGUUCUCAUUUUAUUCCAACUCUAUUUUAGAAAACUUGCAACUUUAACGAUAAUCGUAAUAGCUGAUGUCAAAAAUGUUCUUUUAAUCAAUUUUCCUAAAAAUGACGUUUUGACGUCCUUUUUUUUAAUUACGCAAUGCUUUCUUGCAGGUGUGUAACAUGGUAGAUUCAUGUCUUAAGCAUCUCAAAUUGAGGUAUUUGCACAGAUGAUCUUUAAUAUAUUUACUAAUGGUCACUGUUUUCUUUUAUGACUGUUGUCAUAUCUCUAGAGGAGCGUCUAUGAGAGACCACGUUAUACUGUAGCCUUAACAAGGUUAGGAAAGCAAAACAGUGGUUGUGAAUGUUUUUGUGUGCUUAUAUCUGAUUCUCGCACAUAAUGUUAGAAAGUCAAGUGCCAAACCUUGAGCUGCUGCUCUGUUAUAGAGCAAUACAUAAACAAUUAAAAUAAUAAUAAUAUUUUUAUUGAAA